UCUGAAUGCCAUGGUGAUGCCAUACACGUGUACAGAAGUGGCAAAGGGUUUGUACAGUGGAUGACCGUUUAUUUCAGUUGGGUUUAUGCGAGACCACCCCAACUUUUUUCAGACACUUUAAGCCUUGCUAAAAGGCUCUCCUCUGAUCUCUCAGGGAUGGGGAAGGGAAGUGAGCCGCUAGGCUUUGCUCAUCGGGGAGUAAUGGUCUCUCCCCUUCCCUUGGAAGGAAGGUGGGAAGCCCCCUGCCAACUCUGUGGCAGACUGGAGAAGAGAGGAGCAUAGAAGGUUAAUCUGGGGGAUGCCAAGCGGCACUCGUUCCCUUCCACCCCCUCAAGCUUUGUAUGCUAGUCAGACAAAUCUCCUACAGCCUCUGCAGGGAAUUAUGUACAUGUAAAGGAACCUGCUGUUGUGUGCCAGGGUCUGAGCACCACACACUGCACUGGCUGACAUCAGGGAUGCAUUAACUCUCGCUGUAAACAUAGUUCAAGUCAGCCCAUAUGAGGCUUGUUGCCUUUCCUCUCAUUCCCUUGGGUGUUUCUCUCCACCAGCCCUGGCUGUGUGUAAAGAGACACACCCAUUUCCAGGGCUCUCAGCGCUCCAGCGGUGACCCUGCAGACCACUAGGCUAACGCAAACAGGAUGGUGCGGGCAGGAGUCUCUCAACAGAUCUGGUUUGCUUCAAAAUCUCCGUCCCAUGCAGCUUUACCAAUGGGAGAGGCUCCCCUGGACUGGAUGGCUGCUGUUCACCUGGGGCCUGCAGUGCAUCACUGCAGAGGAAUACACAGGCAAAGACAUUGGGCUCACCACCUGCAAGCUCACUGUAGGAGAGUACGCAGCCACAUUGUCCAAGCACAUCAGGAAGACCAGGAAAGCUGCCAAGGUGGGAAACUCCCUUAGUUACUUUGGUUUCCUUUCUGUGAAGGAAACUGAGGUUUGGGAUCUUCUUCCCCUGUUCUUUUUGCAGGCAUCAGCUCAGUGCGAGAACCUCAGCUCCCCUGUCAUCCAGGAAUUGUCAAACAUGGCCCGAUUCUAUGUCAUGCAUCCAGAGCACGACAUGAAGUGGACCCUGAAACUCAACCCCAAGGCCAGAACCUUUGAUCAGCAACUAGCAGACAAUAAAGCUGCUUUUAAAGAUCUCUGACCUUAUUCCCUCCUCCCUCAUUUAGGUUUAAAUAGAAGAAAGUAGUGAACAGCCAGAAUAGGAUGAUCAGUGUUGAACUGUUCUGUAUGUUCUGAACAGCUUUGAAAACAAAAAGGCUUUGUUUACAAACUGUCAAGAAAUAUUGAAUCUACACAAGCAUGGGCAAAGGCAGAGUUAGGAUUCGGUGUUUGACUGGCCCAAAAAUCAUAGGUCAAUUGAUUGGUCAAAUAAUGUCAAAAAUGGCCACUACUUUAAAGCCCUAAUUUCUUAGAACAGUAACAAAAAAAAUAAGACUUUAUGGUCACUCCAAGGCCUAAUUACAAAAAACAUGUUACUGAACUAAGGUAUUUUAACACAAAAGGUGCAACACAAUGAAAUGAAGUUCUAAAAAAAUGAAAUAAUGGCACCACACUGGAAUCACCGAGAUAGGCUGCCACCUACA